AUGAGGCUUUUGGAUGAUGAGAUGGAGAACAACUACACCCAGGAGAACGGGUUUUGGGUUGAGUCCAUGUUAAAGGGGAUGAACAGAUUUAUGAGGCUUUUGGAUGAUGAGAUGGAGAACGGCUUCUAUAAGAUGAAGAUGUAUUGCACUUAUUUAUUGGAAGUUAUCUUAUCAUGCUUUGGGAUUAUAACAGGGGAGGUUAUCAGUAUUCACUCUGUUAGUGAACUGGAACCAAAGUUGAAAGCUGCUUCAAAAACAGCUCGCCUGGCAAUCCUAUACUUCACUGCAACAUGGUGUGGUCCUUGCCGUAUGAUUUCUCCUCUUUACACAAGCUUAGCUGGCAAGUACGCAAAAGUUGUUUUCCUGAAAGUUGACAUAGAUGAGGCGAAGGACGUAGCCGCAUGCUGGAAUAUUAGUAGCGUUCCGACCUUUUUCUUUCUUAAAAAUGGUAAGGAGGUUGACAAGGUUGUUGGGGCAGACAAAAGUGCUCUUGAAAGGAAGAUCGCACAGCAUGCAGGAUAGAUGUGAACUAAUUUUAGAUCAGAACAUGGAUUCCAGUUAUUUCUUGUUGCACUUGCCUUAUGUUGUUUGAUUUUGUCUAUUAUGUUGUACAUGGAACAUAUGCCUUUGAAGAUAGUGCCGGUUCUUGUAUCUGAUAUGCUGAGUUGUGUUCACUGCGAUUAUAAUAAAAAUAAAUUUGCUUCUAAUUUC